AUGUUGUUAAAUAUAAAAAGUAUCUUAUGGAUGUGCUCUACAUUAGUUGUAACACAUAUGCUUCCUAAAGUCAAAGCAGCCCAGGUAAAGGGAUCCCUCUCGGAAACUUCAAUCCUUCCAUGCUUCUUUUCAACUACACCCACUAUUGCCUCCAGCUACGCGCCUGAAUAUCUUCGAAUCAAAUGGUCAAAGGUUGAACUGGAUAAAAAUGGAAAAGAUGCAAGAGAAACCACAGUCCUGGUUGCCCAAAAUGGAAACAUCAAAAUAGGCCAAAACUACAAAGACAGAGUGUCUGUUCCGACCCAUUCAGAGGAGACGGGCGAUGCUUCACUGACUUUCUCUAAGCUGCGCGCCAGCGAUGCAGGCGUGUACCGCUGCGAUGUCAUGUACGGGGUUGAGGACACACAAGGCAUUGUAUCAUUGGCUGUGGAUGGUGUUGUAUUUCACUAUCGUGCUGCAACCAGCAGGUAUACUCUGAAUUUUACACAAGCUCAGCAGACUUGUCUGGACAAUGGUGCUGUCAUAGCAAGCCCUGAACAACUGAAAGCGGCCUAUGAAGAUGGAUUUGAACAGUGCGAUGCUGGCUGGCUGUCUGACCAGACUGUUAGAUAUCCAAUUAGACAUCCAAGAAUUGGCUGCUUUGGAGAUAAAAUGGGAAAGAAAGGAGUCAGGACAUAUGGACGCCGUUUUCCUAAUGAGACUUAUGACGUGUAUUGCUAUGUGGAACACAUGAAAGAUGAAGUGGUUCAUGUUUCGGUUCCUGAGAAGCUAACCUUCGAAGAAGCUAAGGAGUUGUGUCAGAAAAGGGACGGCGUUCUUGCGUCCGUUGGGAACCUGUACGUUGCCUGGAGGAACGGCUUUGACCAGUGCGACUACGGCUGGCUGGCUGACGGAAGCGUUCGCUAUCCUGCUUCUGUGGCUAGGCCCCAGUGUGGAGGAGGUUUACUUGGGGUGAGAACCCUGUAUCGCUAUGAGAACCAAACAGGCUUUCCUUACCCAGAUUUUGUUUCAACUUUCCAAGCCUUUUGUGUGAGUGAACGUAAAAAAGUCAUACCAGAGUCUACAACUCUUAAACUGGGUACAUCUCUGAACACUAUGUCAGACAGUGUGAAACCAUCAUCUGCUAAAGUUACUCUUAAACCUCCUAUUUUUGAGGCUUCAGUUACUGAAAUGGCUAUCACCAAAACAAAGGUCCCUUAUUUAGAGGAAACAGCCCUUGAGAGUGAGGAAGAUACAGAAAUGGCUACUGCUUUGGCUGAGGAAAAAAGGGAAAUGGAGGUGCUUCUGAAGAACAAGUUAACCACCCUUCUACCUCAAACUGUCACAGAUGGCGAAUUAAGCACUUAUGAUGCACUGGGAGGGACUCAAUAUGAUGUUUCACCUAGCUUAACAGAGAGCACAUCUGCAACUUUGGAGGAGCACACUUAUUCUGAAGCAGAAUUGCCCGAGGAACAAGGUAGGUCUGAAAGCAUUAAGGACGCUUUCUUGACCUCUGUCAUUUUUCAGGAUAGCACAACUGUACUUAAGACUUCUUCUGUUUCAUGGGAAGAUAUUGAAACAGGCAAUUCAGAAAACCGUGAUGAUGAUGACCAGACUGAAGAAAUAGAAGUGGGUCCUAUGAUGACACCCACAGACAGCUUGGUAUCAACUUCACAGAGUGGGUUUCCCAGGGCAGGAUCUUCAGUUUCACUAACAAAAGAGAAAAGCUAUUUUGCUACCCAGUCAACAAAAGAACCCACAAAAAAAUCAAUGGAAGCAAAAUCUGACAAGAAGUUUACAACUGUUGUAAUCCCCAACUCUUUUUUCACGGAUCAAUAUGAUCUUACUACAGAGGGGGAGGGCAAUGAAAGCAUGUUCACUGUUAUGCCUGAUAGGAUUUCUGGCAUGGUUACUAGUAACAUCCCAGAAUCAGAUGUUCCUUCUGUAUCAGAAACGUUCUCAGAUGAGCAUGUGGUAACCACUGAACAAUUUUCUAUGGCCAGUGAGCCAACACCAUCAUUGAAAUUUAGUUCCUCUGCAACUCUGUUUGAGAAUAAUGAAGCAUCGGCUGAAGGAAGCAGAGAGGACUUGAAAGAUGAGCAGCCUACCAUGUCAUCUGCAAUACCUGUGUCUUUUACUCUACCAGCUGUUAAUCAGACAGGAUCUGAGCCCAUCGUUCUCUCAGGAAGUGUUACUUCCCCACAAAGUUUUGGAGAGAGUUUCACAUCCAUCAUCCACUCAUCUCCACAAACAGUAAGAUCAGUCAUUUUAGAAGAACAGGAAAAAACGAAAGAGACAGAAGAGCAGACAAUAGGUGUUACGACCCCUUAUGGCACAACAGUCACUCCUGCUUCUAUUAAAACAGAAUCUGAGGGACAUUUUGUAAGAGAGAAAUCCACACCUGCUCCUCCAGUCUCCAGCAUAUGGCUACUGACAGAAAAUGAUCAGGAUUAUAUAAGAAGAGAGUCAUCUCAUGUUAUGAGAAUAAAUGAGAUUGAUACAGAAGAUGGGGUGUCUGGAAUGGAGCCUACAUCCUCUCCAGGGAAAAUUAUGGAACAUACGAAACACCCAGGAGCAACAUAUUCAGAAAUAACAGAUGAAAUUAAGAUAAGCCCUAAACCAAUGGAAAAAAAAGAUGAUGAAGAAGCUGUAUCUGCUGUUUCUGAUCAGAGUAAAGAUAUUGGAAGUGUCUUCCCCACAAACAGCUCUUCAGAUUUGGAACAGGUCACCGUAUCCAGAAUAUCAGUGGAUGAAGAUAGUACAAUAAAGCCUGUUAGAUCCUCAAGUGAUAUUGAAUUAACAACUGUUUUGCCCACAGUUAGGGAGGUCACUGAACAUGAAGGAUAUGAAACAUCAGGGUAUAUUUUGAAAAAGUCCAUGCCUACCCCAGAAGUUGGACAAAGAGAAGUUGCUGAGAGUUCAGUAGCAACACCUGCUGAUGAAGAUGUCACUACUGAGAUGGAGGUUUCAUUACACACAGUGACAGAAGAAGAUCAGACAAGCAUUGCAAUGGUAACUGAGGAAGAAACACUGGCAACUCUUCCAGACAUAGAAGGAACAUCAUCAUCUGGCUUUGUAGGAACAAAGGAAUCUAUAAUGCUUACAGAUAUAACAAAGAUAAGUACUACAGUUGCCCAGAAAGAACGUGAUGCUUCCAUAGUUCCAGUUACUCUUGAAAAUGAGAUCACUAGAGAUAUGCAAAUAAUUGAUCAGACCACUUCUGUUGGUUUCAUUCCAACAGAAGCAACUGCAAAAGACAGUGAAGUAUUUCUAGAUGAGCUCUUCAAGAAAGAUCAAGAUAUGGAACUAGGUACUUCUACAGAUUUGACCUUACCUGUGACAGCCACUCAAAUACAGGAACAACAGAUGACAUCAGAAUCUGAAUCAUCUAAAUCAACUGUUCAAGAGAAACAGGAUGAGGCAGGUUCAGCCUAUGAGGAGACAUAUCCAGCAACAGAAGUAUCAAUGCCUUCGGUAAAGCUGACAGAUUAUGGAAGAGUCCUAGGACCUGCUGAAACAAGCACUGUCACCCUGCUCCUCACAGUGACUUCCAAAGCUGCAACUGCUGCUGAUCAAGAAGAAAAGAUUACUGAAGCAAUGUCUGCAACAGCAAGUACUCAAACAAAAGCAGAUGAAAGGAGAGGAACCCCUGCCAGAGAAGAGGACAGCAGUAUAGUGAGCUGGGAAUCUGUGUUGCCCCCUCAUACAGUGCCGGCAGACCAUUCUACUGCAGAAAGCAUUACUCUUCUGACAUUGGGAGCUUCUGCAAGCCCAACUUUGGAAGGUUCGGGAGUAUCAGAAGAACCUGAAGAAAUCAAACCAGUUAUAAUUUCAGUAAAUGCAACGGAAAAAGCAAUCCCCAGUGAUGUAACUACAUUUUCCGUUAGUGCUGUAGACAGAAUUCAGCCUACAUCAGCAUCCAAACCUACUCCAAAGUCACCACGUAUCAUUGUUGAGGAUGAUGAAGCAGUAACAAGUAGUGACAUCAUAAUAAUUGAUGAGUCUAUUUCCCCCAGCAAAGCCACUACUGAUGAUGAUCUGACAGGAAGAAUGUCAGAACCAGAAAUUGAUAAUGAGUAUUUCACAUCAUCAACUGCUACUGCAGUUGCACGACCUACUGCACCACCCAAAGUGAAGGAGGCCACAGAGGCAUUAGAACCUCAAGAGGUCUCUCCUUCUACUUCAUCCCCUGAUAGUGGAAGUGACAUAAGAUUGUAUGUUAUUCAAAUCACAGGCAAUGAUACAG